AGUUUCACUUAGACGUGCGCGCGGCACGGACGGCCGGCCGACAAUAUACUUUCUAUUUGGCAAUUAUUAAAGAUCGCGAACGCGUACGACUUGAUUUAUUUGUUUUAAACGAUUUACGGGUGGUUUUAUAAUCGAUAUACUCAACAAUAUCGAAGGUCAUAUCGAAUGGAUUAUUACAGACAGGAACUCGACAACUCAACCUAGAAGAUUCGUCAAGUUCGUGGUCACAAGAGAUAAGGCACAUUCAACUUCAUGACGGGAAUAAAAGCGGUUCAUUACUAGUGCGCAUAGUGUAAUUACGAGUUAACUUAUCAGAACGAGAAUAGUGAAAGAACCAGUGACAGUUAGUGGUGGGAAGUGGAACAAGUGACAGCGCAAGUGGCACCGUUCGGCACGAUGACGUUAGGCGGUUUGGACGAUACCGGUAAUAACAAUGUUGUACCGUUGCUGCCCAGGAACACGGUACAACUGGAGUUCAAGAAUAUCACGUGCUCUUUGACUACUUUCUCAAUAAAUAAGCUGCGGCUUGAACGAAGACAUAUUCUCAAAGGUGUAGAUGGCAGCUUCAGGCCCGGUGAAUUGACGGCUAUUAUGGGCCCAUCGGGGGCCGGAAAAACUACUCUUCUCAAUAUACUAGCAGGUUACUUAACACGAGGCGCAAAAGGCGAGAUCUCCGUGAACGGCGCGUGCACGUGCGCUUCCAAGUCCGCGGGGCGGGGGGGAGCACGGUACAUACGUCAACAAGACGACUUGCGCGCUCACCUCACGGUCUACGAAUCGAUGAGUCUAGCGGCUGCCCUCAAACUGGCCGACUUUACUGCGCACGAACGCAAGGAGAAAGUGUACGAGAUCCUAGCGUUAUUAGGACUAAGCAGUGCUUCACAAACACUUUGCCGUGAUUUAUCUGGAGGACAAAAGCGAAGGCUGGCUGUGGCACUGGAACUUCUUUCGGAUCCCUCGCUUAUGUUCCUCGACGAACCAACGACGGGCUUGGAUUCAUCUGCAUCUGCUUCAUUGAUCGCUUUGCUGAACAAUUUGGCGCGCGGCGGAAGAACUCUGGUCGCCACCAUUCACCAGCCUUCAGCUUUACUAUUCGAGAAAAUUGACUCCGUCUACUGCCUCUCUGAAGGCAGAACUCUUUACAAAGGUCCUAGAAGACUUUUAUUACCGGCACUGGCGAGUGCCGGACUGAGGUGCCCUCCGUAUCACAACCCUGCGGAUUUCUUGAUGGAAGUUGCAUCAGGAGAAUAUGAAGUGGAUCUGAUUCAGGCUGCCAAGACUAUGGCGCACUACAAACCUGAAUUAACAGCGAACGGCAGCUGGUCAGCACAUGUUCCUACUAUACCAGCUCUACCUAGUCCUAUAGAUAUAACUAGCCAGUUAAAAUCAAAGAACCUCUUAGAAAAUUCUAAAUACCAGCAAAAACAUUCUAAAACCAUGUACAGACAGUCGGGUUUACUCCGACAAACGUGGAUUCUGCUUUACAGGAACUAUUUGAUGACAACAAGAAAUUAUUCUUUGUUUAUGUAUCGAGUAGCUGCUCACGUGGUGAUAGCUUUAAUAUUUGGAUACUUAUACUCGGGAGUGGGAAGUGAAGCCAGCACCGUACUCGGCAACUAUGUUUACUUGUAUGGAUCAAUGCUACUUGUUGUGUACACAGGAAAGAUGUCUGUUACAUUGUCAUUUCCGCUAGAAAUGGAUAUUCUGAAAGGCGAAUAUUUUAAUCGAUGGUACAGAUUGGGACCAUACAUAAUAUCGAUUUUAGCAGUUGAACUACCAUUUCAGAUGAUUUCCUGCGUAUCUUACGUUGUGCUCUCGUACUGGCUAACUGACAAUCCACUGGAACCAACGAGAGCGACCUUAUUCUUGGCUACUAUUGUUGCCACGUCCCUCUGUGCUCAAGCUUGGGGAUACUUCAUUGGAUCUACUACUCCUACGAAGAUUGCUGUAUUCUUGGGUCCAGUGGUGGCAUGUUUAUUCUCCGUUUUCGGUUUCUGCCUGGCGCUAUCUGAUACACCGUACCCGUUCCGAUGGCUGCAUCACAUUUCAUACUUCAGGGCCGGUUUCCACGUGGCAGUUCAUUCGGUAUACGGAUUCAACAGAACGAAGAUACAUUGCUCUAAAAUGUAUUGCCACUACAUUACACCUCAAAAGUUCCUAGUUGAAAUGGAUAUGGCUGAGAUUGAUGUCGGAAGCAACAUGGCUUUAGUUCUCUCAAUCACAGUUGUGAUGCAUCUUCUCACAUGCGCUGCGCUAUGGUACCGACUGAAUAAAAGAUGAUCAUAAGCUUCUAGAAGACAAGCUGAAUAUGCAGGAGGCUAAUAAUAAUGUACUUUAGCACAUACAUAUCUGAAUUAGUUAAAUUCUAGAACUUAUUAGAUCGACCAUUUCGAGAGAGUUAUUGACAUAAUAUUAGGUUAGGAAUUUUAACUCGAAUAAACAGAUCUCGAUAUUAUUUAAGAGUAUGAUAGUAAACACUUUUUCAAUUUUGGGGUAUCAUUAUGAGAGGUAUAAUAAUUUAAUAUACACACAAUAUGUCAAAUUUCCAUAGAUUUUGACAUCUUCCCUCAAUGUAUUAAGGUUUAAAAUAAAGUAUGGUAAUCUAUCAGUUUUGUGUAAAUCUGACGUGCUAUUGAUUGCACCUCAAACAAAAGUGCGUACGUUAAAUUAAAAUAUCUAACAAUUGUCAUCAGAUUUUAAGUUAAAGUCGAUUUAAAAAAACGAAACUUUUGAUUUCAUUAAUUUUGAAAUUUAUUUACAUUACAUACCUCAUGAUUUAAUGUUUAAAAGUUCCUUUAAAUCAUUAUACUGUAGAUAAUUUAGUAUCAUGUGUAGAUAAAAUUUAAAAAUAUGCAUCUUGUAUAUUACAUUUGGCUAUAAUUAAAAACAAGCUGAUCAAACUAUACAAGAAUCUAUUAAAAAUUUUCUAAAGGCCAAUCAUGGUAGUCUAAUAACGUAAAACUUUUUACACUUUUUGUUUAUAACACUGGCGGUUUCGUAAGCGAUUAUUAUUUCUUUGACUUAUUAUUUAUAAAAGUAUGACUGACAACUUUAUUUAUUUAAUUCUGCUGAGACCGCAAAUAUAUUCGACCAUAUUUUUAUCAAUGGUGUUUUGCCAUAAAACAUUAAAAAUCUAGGCAAAUUUAGAACGGUUAUACAAAAAUGAAAACCCAUAUUAGAAAAAGGCUAUUGCUAGAAUUGUAUUCUUUCUUAGUAUACAUAUAUAAAUCGUUUAAUAACUAUGCGAUUAUAAACUAGGGAUAGUUUUAGACAUAAGUAUAUUUAAUUCCUCGUUAGCUAGUAUUAUAUUUAACUUUGUAAGAAAAGUGAUAACUGUACUUAAUGGAUAGUUUAACGACACUUAUUGAUAUUUUGUUAGGUUCCAAUUAAUUUAAAGAAACUGCGUGUAUAUUAUGCUUUGGUUCCCAUAAAUUAUAGUUUAUAACGUAAAAUGAUUUAGCAGGGGAAUUAACCUAUCUUUUAUUGUCUUACUGGAAGGGAAUCUUGAUAGUUCUUUCGUAAGAUCACAAAAAUCUGUAAAGUUGGUAUUUACAAAAAAUAUAAAAUAAGAUUGAACCAAAAAACAUCUUAUUUUUAGAUUCUUAUUAAAUAAUUAUAAAACAUUAUUAGAAGAAAAUUUAUGUCCUAGUACUUUUAGAAUCAAUUAAAUAGUGUUUUUGUAUUUGUUAAUGGUGAAAUUAUACUGCUUAUUUAAUAAACCAAUUUUAUAUAUAAUUCUAAAGCUUGAAUAUUAAUUUUUAUACUUAGAUGAUUCAUAUCACCAUUCAACAAACAACAUUUGUGUAAUAAAAGAUCUUUUUUAUUAAUCGUAUUCAUAUUAAAUUAUGCUUGUUUAGACAGUUAUUUCUUUGUUUUUAAUUUAAAAGAUGUUAUUUACAAUGUUAACCUAUUUAUUCAAUCUGUUUUAUAUGACAAAGUAAAAGCUAAAUUUCUUAUUUGACUAUAUUUCUUGAUUUAUAUAAAGGUAAAAAGAGUUUUACCAAAAUAAAGUUGGUAAAAUUUAAAAGUGUAUGAAGUUUAUUUGUUAUUAUAUUUAUUGUUAAUAAAUACCAAUAAAUAACUUAAAAUUAUU